ACCAUGUUCCUGUGCGCUCCGCUGCGGGCCGCGGCCGCACGCUCGGUGAGACAAGUCCGGUACGUACACAGAACAGCAGUGCGCAAUGCCGGCGGAGGAGCCCUCUUUGUGCACAGAGACAGUCCUGAAAACAACCCAGAUACUCCGUUUGAGUUCACACCAGAAAACCAAAAGCGCAUAGAAGCCAUCAUAAACAACUACCCAGGGGGACACAAGUCAGCAGCUGUCAUGGCAGUACUGGAUCUGGCCCAGAGGCAGCACGGAUGGUUGCCUAUAUCAGCUAUGAACAAGGUUGCUGAAGUUUUAGAAAUGCCUCCCAUGAGGGUGUAUGAAGUAGCAACCUUCUACACCAUGUACAACCGCAAACCAGUGGGGAAGUACCACAUCCAGGUCUGCACCACCACACCUUGCAUGCUGCGGGACUCUGACAGCAUUUUGGAAGCCAUUAAGAAGAAACUUGGUAUAAAAGUUGGAGAAACAACCCCUGAUAAGCUCUUCACACUGAUAGAAGUGGAAUGUUUGGGUGCUUGUGUCAAUGCACCCAUGGUUCAAAUCAAUGACAACUACUAUGAAGAUUUGACACCUAAAGAUAUUGAAGACAUCAUUGAUGAGCUGAAGGCUGGCAAAGUUCCCAAACCUGGCCCACGGAGUGGACGUUUUUCUUGUGAGCCAGCUGGAGGCCUCACUUCUCUGACUGAACCACCCAAAGGACCAGGUUUUGGAGUUCGACCUGACCUCUGAGGAUUUUUGUAAUAUAAAAUGAACUGUGCAAAUUAUAAUAAAGUAAUUUUAGUCUCAGUAAAACCA